AUGCGUCCCACCGCUGCACGUCUAAAUGGAAUGCCUGGACGUAUCAUGCAAAAACAGAGAGGAGUUGUUGUUUACACUGUCUCUCCAUUCAGGCAGCGGGGCUCAAAAGGCAUAAUUAAAGGCUGGCUAUUCAACGGCUACAGGCGUCUUGCUGCCCAAGUUCCCUACUGGAUAGUCCCCUUUGCUAUUGGAUAUGGAACGUACACUUGGGCUAAACGUCGUGACGCUUGGCAGAACAGCAAGGCUGGUCAUAUUGCGCUGGGUGACCACCACUGA